UUGAUUUAUGCAACUUUAUUCAACGAUGCUGAAUAAAUUGACAAUUAAGGGUAUACUGCGAAAUCUAUGUACUAAGAGCAAAGAACAUUAGCGAGACUAACACAAAUGCCAGGGCGAUUCUAAAGGGGAACUUCCUGUCUAUAUAUGCCCUAAAUCCAUAGGCAUGCUAUCCCCAUAUCGCGCUAGUCUUUAUCUAAAUUCUAUGAGAGCUCGAUCGAAUACCCUCAUCGUUAGCGCCCAAAUUCACGGUGGCCCAAUCCGUUACAUCUCUCUUUGCUCUUCCCCUCUCUACACUAUCUCAAGGUUUCUCUCACUCAAACAACGAGUUGCCUCUUCAUGUCCUGGCUUCCUGCCGACAGGUGUUCCCUUCCCCUUAACGCUCUCUUCGAAGACAGAGAGUAGUCGACUAUUCCCUACUCCGUCUCUCCGAGCUUGAUCCUUGAGUGUAUCCGGAAUAACAUCGAUCUUAUACUUCGUCUUUACCUUCUCCUUCCAUUCUUUGGC